UUACAGUUUUGGACCAAUUGUAAUUUUUUUUCCUUUUAUUUUGUUAAUAAUCAUGUUGCAGACACCUUCUGUAAAAUUUGUGAAUCCACGUUAUGGUCAACUGGUCAUUGGUCCACCUGGCUCUGGGAAAACUACUUACUGUCAUCAUGCAUACAACUUCUACAAAGAAUUGGGCCGCGAUGUCGGCGUGGUCAAUCUCGACCCUGCUAACGAGAACAUGGAAUACACACCAAUAGUCGAUAUAAUGCAACUCAUAACUGUCGAAGAUGUGAUGGAGCAGUAUCAUCUAGGACCCAAUGGCGCGCUUAUGUACUGCGCCGAGUUCUUGGAGGCACAUUUGGAAGAUUGGUUCUUGCCCGAAUUGCGCAAAGCUGCCGCAACAUGCAAUUACUUGCUUUUCGACUGUGCCGGACAAGUAGAGCUUUAUACACAUCACACCGCUAUGGCCACCAUAUUCGAGCGACUGCAAAAGGAAAGUUAUCAUUUGGUGACUGUAAAUCUUAUCGAUUCACAUUACUGCUCAGAGCCGACGAAAUUCGUCUCAACGCUGCUGCUCGCUUUAAAUAUGAUGCUACGCAUGGGUUUACCCCAUGUGAAUGUGCUCUCAAAGGCUGAUUUGUUGCGAAAACAUGAAUCAAAGCUGCAAUUUAAUUUGGACUUCUAUACAGAUGUGCUGGACUUGAAAUAUCUGCUGGAGGCAUUAGAUGACACACCCUCAAUGAAAAAGUAUCGCAAGUUAAAUGAAGCCAUUUGCUCGAUGGUGGAAGAUUAUGCAUUGGUAUCAUUCCAACUGCUGAAUGCGCGUAGCACAGCAAGUAUGUUGCGUCUACGAAAUCACAUUGAUAAGGCAAAUGGUUACAUCUAUAAGGCCGGAGAAGAGACGGCGGUAAACUCUUUGAUGGCUUGUGCAGUUGGUGCAGAGGCAGAAGCGAUGCGGCAAUGCAAUGAUAUUGAUCCAUACGUGACGUGAGGUGUCAGAAUGGUAGUUUAGGAGUAAUGUGCGAGCAUAAAAUUAAUUUUUAUUUGUCCUUAAUUUAUAAGAUUUUAGAUUCACAAAAUGUACAAUAUAAGUUUUGCAAGUAGCAUAAUUACAAAUUAAAACUGCGUACUCGCUAUUUCUGUGUCCUUUAAAUGUAAUCAAAGAAGAUCGCAAGCGCCGUAAAUCUAAGUUCGCAUGAGUCAGAUGACAAUAACCAACAAGAAAAUCUUCUUUGUUGACAAAAUGCCAACUGCAUGCGUUUAAAUAAAAUGGAAGACUUCGUUAUUUGCUCAACCCAGUUCGGAAAUUGCAAAUUU